ACCUCCUGGGUGAUGUCACAAACAUGGUGGCGAUUUGAGUCCCGGUGCGAGGAGAAACCAGAGCGGCGACAAAAAGCAGCAGACGCGGCUGCCGUGCCCUGACUCAGCCUGUCCUCGGUUCGCCCGACCCCCUCUCAAUGUCGGACAAUCAGAGCUGGAAUUCUUCCUCCGAAGAGGAUCUGGACACCGAAUCGGGGCCGCCUGUUGAGCUGUGCGGGAUAUUGAGCAAGUGGACCAACUAUAUCCAUGGCUGGCAGGACCGAUGGGUGGUUUUAAAAACCAAUACCCUAAGUUACUACAAGUCCGAGGAUGAAACAGAGUACGGUUGUAGAGGUUCAAUCUGUCUGAGCAAGGCCGUCAUUACUCCCCAUGAGUUUGAUGAAUGUCGCUUUGAUAUCAGUGUGAAUGAUAGUGUCUGGUAUCUCCGUGCUCAAGACCCAGACCAUAGACAGCAAUGGAUAGAGGCUAUUGAACAGCACAAGGCAGAAUCUGGCUAUGGAUCAGAAUCAAGUUUACGACGUCAUGGUUCCAUGCUCUCCCUCACAUCAGCAGCAAGUGGUUAUUCUGCUACAUCCACCUCAUCGUUUAAGACUUCCAUUGGGCCAGUCCAAGAUCUCAACCUUCAGAAAGGCCAUAGCUUGCGUGAAAAGCUUGCUGAAAUGGAAACCUUCCGUGAUAUCCUCUGCCGACAGGUUGACACACUACAGAAGUACUUUGAUGCUUGUGCAGAUGCUGUAUCUAAAGAUGAACUUCAGAGAGAUAAAGUAGUGGAAGACGAUGAAGAUGCCUUUCCAACCACACGAUCAGAUGGUGAUUUUAUACACAAUAAUGGCAGCAAAGAGAAAUUGUUUCCAUGUGUGUCACCCAAAGGGAUCAAUGGAAUAGAUUUUAAAGGUGAAGCUAUCACUUUUAAAGCUACUACAGCUGGAAUACUGGCUACGCUUUCUCAUUGCAUUGAACUAAUGGUAAAACGAGAAGACAGCUGGCAGAAAAGAAUUGAUAAGGAGAUUGAAAAGAGACGAAAAGUAGAAGAUGCUUACAAGAAUGCAAUGUCGGAACUUAAGAAGAAAUGUCACUUUGGUGGACCUGAUUAUGAGGAAGGUCCAAACAGUUUGAUAAAUGAAGAGGAAUUCUUUGAUGCUGUUGAAGCUGCACUUGACAGACAAGAUAAAAUUGAAGAGCAGUCUCAUACAGAGAAGUCAAGAAUCCAUUGGUCAGCUGCUGUGCCUUUUGGUGAUUCCUUCUCAACAGUUGGUACUCACAGAUUUGCCAAACAGCCCUUUAGUCGCUCUUCCUCCAUGUCUUCCAUUGAUCUAGUCAGUGCCUCAGAUGAUCACAGAUUCAGCACCCAGGUUGAAGAAAUGGUGCAAAAUCAUAUGCAGUACUCUCUGCAGGAUGUAGGUGGAGAUGCUAAUUGGCAGUUGGUGGUAGAAGAGGGAGAAAUGAAGGUGUACAGAAGAGAAGUAGAAGAGAAUGGGAUUGUCCUGGAUCCUCUCAAAGCAACACACUCUGUUAAAGGUGUUACAGGUCACGAAGUUUGCCAUUAUUUCUGGAAUGUUGAUGUCCGCAAUGAUUGGGAAACAACAAUUGAAAACUUCCAUGUAGUAGAAGUUCUAUCAGAUAAUGCAAUCAUUAUCUACCAGACUCACAAGAGGGUUUGGCCGGCCUCGCAAAGGGAUGUACUUUAUUUGUCUGCAAUUCGAAAGGUUCCAGAUACCAAUGAGAAUGAUCCAGAUACGUGGCUUGUUUGUAACUUUUCUGUGGAACAUGACAAUGCACCUCAGAAUAAUAGAUGUGUACGUGCCAAAAUAAACAUUGCCAUGAUCUGCCAAACACUAGUAAGCCCUCCAGAAGGUAACCAAGCAAUCAGUCGAGACAACAUUCUGUGCAAGAUUACUUAUGUAGCCAAUGUAAACCCUGGAGGAUGGGCCCCAGCUUCAGUACUUCGGGCUGUUGCAAAACGUGAAUAUCCCAAAUUCCUCAAACGUUUCACAUCAUAUGUGCAGGAGAAGACUUCAGGCAAAGACAUUCUUUUCUAGUCUCCAAGCAUUCACCAUGGAUGUGCUGCUGUUCCAACCAUGAUGAUCAACAAAUAGUCACGAAGGUAUCUCUGACGCUCGGGGAUUGCGUGACUCCAAACUGGCACGAUGGAUUUCUAACGCAAGGCCAGUCCCAGUUCUCAGCCUGCACCCAGCUGCUAUCGGCUGCUACAUUGCAUUUGUGGCUGACUGUUCAACACUGUCUGUGCUCUGUUGCAUUUUGGUACUUCAGUGUGUAAUUCAUUUCUAUGUACUGCUCAUACAGCCGUUUACAAUUUGACCCAGCGUUUUUUUU